GGCGUACAUCCGAAUAAGACUAUUGGCUCUACUAUUUUAAAAACAAUUUUGAGACUUAAUUUGUUAGAAAUAGAAGUUUUAUUUGGAUAGCAAAAACUAAUGUUCGUUGUACGAGAUAAAACCUUGUCAUAUUUCUUUGUUUAACUAUAAGUACUAUCACACUAAGCUUCUUUAAUUAAAUUGCAACUUUUACAAGAUAAGUUAUAUGAAAUUUGAAUUUAAAAAAAGUUUAAAAAGUAAUAACUAAUUUAUUUUCAUUAAAGUAGACCGCUGUGUCGUUUUAUAGGCUAUUCUAGUAUUAUUAUUAGGCUUGAACGUUCGGUUUUCACCUAAUGGAUGAACAUGGCAGGUGAUUACACAUUUGAUGAGGAGGAUGCUGAUGUAAUUGAAGUAAGACAACCACGCCGACCAGAGGCAGAACAGAAGAAGAAGGAAUUAAAACCAGAUUUGUCACCUUACCUCAUUCCCUCACCUCUCAUUUUGAAAGCUGCUGGAUGAGAUCUUUCAACUUGACAUGUGGACUACCUCUCAUACCUUCAUCACCCACUAUCUUCACCAUCUGGUUGUCCUGUUUCCUGACAGUUACCAUCUACCCCUGUUCAUUAUCCUCCAGUUUACCCACCAUCUUUAGACAAGUUCUCACGGUGGUAGUGGUAAGAUAAUACCUUGUCCAAUGAAUGCACGGGAGUUCAAAAGGAGAUUCAGAAAAGCAGCUACAGUACCAUUUAGCUUAAGACAAGUCUGCCCACAAUCAAUUUUGCAGCUAGUUAGCUCACAUGCUGCAUUGUUAGGUUGCAAAGAGGAGAGUUUUUUCUUUCCUUUGUUAACAUGUGCAGCUGGCUGUAUUGGACCUUCUACAGUAAUUGAACUUACACCAGCCUGGUCAGAACACAUUGUGUUAUGGACACUUAGCUUAGCUCCAAUCACAUUAAAACACAUCCAUAUGUUUGAGUGGCUUAAUUCUCAGUUACGUGAAGUUGAGAACACUAUCAAAUCAAAAUAUCCUGUUCAUAUUCAAGGCACUAAUCUGUCUUCAUUUUCUUUAAUUGAGUUUUUUGACAAGAAUGGGCUACUACAGACUUUAAAGGCUAGUGGAGGGCAUAUGCUUGGGAUCUAUAGUCACCCAGAAAUUCUACAAAGAAGCAUUUUACAAACUGGGUCAGAAUUGAUGAGGAAGUUGAAUAGUGGUUAUCCACUGAUUUCUAGUAUAGAUGGUCACCAGCUCUCACUAAAUAGUGCAUGUCUCAGCAUCACUUGUGGAUGUAGUCCCGAAGAACUCUAUGGGGCAUUUCGAGUUGAAAAUGAUUUUUUUGACCUGCUUCAAAAAUAUUUCCUCUUUGUCUGUGCUCCAGAAAGAAAGUUUUCUUUUCAACAGAUGAAUGCACACCCAAUGAUAGAUAUUGUCAAAGUGUUCACAGUUCUCAUAGAACUUCACCAAAAUGUCAAAUUAGUUUACAAGUUGAACUUUGAAGCACAGGAAUACUUUUGUAAAGUUUGUGAAGAAUUUAUUGAGAAAGGUAAACGAUCUAUAAAAUCUAAUAUUAAGGUUUUCUUACGCAAUACAGUCUCCUAUUUAGCAAGACUGUGUUGCAUUCUUCAUGCUUUAGAAGGUGCAGUUGAUCAUGUGAUGUGGAACUUAACUCCUGACCCAUUGACUUGGAAUGUUGAAAUAUCAUCUAAAACAAUAAAACAGGCAAAACAGAUCCUUGAUUUUCUUGUAGAGCAGCAGCAAUCUUUAUUUGAAAGAGAAUCAGUUCCAGAGCCUCCCAAUCAGUCAGAAAGUAAUGAAACCUCUUCAAGUACUGCUUCUAUUAUUGCUGAUGAUGUUAAUCGUCAGGACUCAACAUACGUGCUUCAACAGAAAGACAGUUUUCUAGGAAACUGUAGUGAAAGUCGAAAUAAUACUUUAUCCCAUAGAUCUGCAGGAAGAUCUUGUGCUCGCUCAUUAUCAACACAGAAUGGUGUAGAUGUGGCUAGAAAUUCAAGUGACAUUCAUGUUGAACCAAGAAUUGUGAGUGUUUGCUCAGGUGGAUUACCUGUAACUGAAGCAUUGACAACUAGUGUCACUACUAGUUCUGUUCCAAAUGGUACAGAAAGAGUUCUUCCAGCUCUGGAUCUCCCAUCAGAUUUAUCUGUUUCUGUUGUUGCAGGAGAGGAGAAUGAACCUCGUAAUGUUCCAUCUCCUUCAGUAAUUGAAAUACCCCCAGAUCAAGUGCCUACAAGAAACAAAUUUUCCACAAGAUUUAAUCUUUCAAGUUUGCCACAAUUAACAUCUAUAUCACCUGCUGAUAAACAGUUUUUAGACUCACACAGGCAUCAAAUAUUUCGACUCCUUUCCUUGAAGGAAUGGAUUUUGACUCCAACUCGUGUGGCUCAGUUAAAAAUAUUUCCAGACAAUGCAACAGGAAAUGAAUCUGGUAGGCCAAGGUUUACAUGCAGUUUUGCUAGGCAUUGUCUGACAAAGGUUGCUCGUCUUGGGUUUGGAGCUUGUCGAGGUGAAAAUGACCAAAAUCUCAGUAAAUUUUGUUUUAUGAAAACUGGUUUUGAAAAAUUAGGAUCCACAGAGAAAAAAAUUUUAGAUUUUCUUGGAAUGAAUGAAGAACUGUACAAUCAGUCUUUUAAUACAUCUUUGCAAAAUGGAAAUGGUAGUACACGUGGAAGGAAAAGAAGUUUACAAUCAACUGAAUCGGAUGGAUAUGUGAACAAUUCCUAUAGCCAAGUUCCUUCUCCAGGUGUUCAAGAAAUAUUGGAAAUUGACAGCUGAUUGGCCAUAGCAUUAAAAAAUAAUGCUUAAAGGAUUUUUGUAACUGUGAAGGCUGUAACAUGCCUAAUGUUUUAUCAUAUUAAACAUGUGCUUGAACA